AUGGGAUCUUUCUUUAACGUCAUAUUAUUCGCGGUUAAUGUGGUGAUUGUCGUCGGUGCUCUUUUUCCGAUGACCACCACCACCGGGACUGAGUUCAUAGUGGGAGAUAAGUUUGGUUGGACUAUUCUCUACAACUAUACAACUUGGACCCAAGAUAAAGUGUUCCAUGUUGGAGACAAGCUAGUCUUCAACUAUCCGAAUUUCCUCCACAAUGUUUUCAAGGUAAAUGAAACCGCCUUCGACAACUGCACCAAGCCGCCACUAGACCAAGCCAUGAACUCGGGGAGCGACGUUAUAACCCUUGAUACCCCAGGUAAGAAAUGGUAUAUAUGUGGUGUCGCGGACCAUUGCAGUUUCUUCAAUCAGAAGCUCGUUAUCAACGUCGACGUCAUUGUUAAUGACGAGGAACCGCUAGGGAAAAGCUCCACCGGUGGGUGUUCCUCUAUUUCCGACAAUUUGGUUGUUGUUUUCAUGGUGGUAAUACUAACUCUAGUUCUAGGCUAG